AUGGUGCGGCCCAACCUCUGGAUCCUUCCGACUCAAGGCAUCCUCCUGCUCUGGCUUGCUCUGCAUCCUGGCACCUGGAGCCCUGGCAUCUCAGCAGAGCUUAACGGCAUCUUGGGACCAGCUCUUCUCUCCAACAGCUCAGGGAACAGAACAGAGCUGGUGGUUCCACUGACCUGCCAGAGCUUCCAGUGUUCUGGGGAGAGAUGCUACCAGGAGGUGGCACAUGGAAACAGCAGCGCAUGGGAGCCCUGCCACAACGCUUCCCACUGUGAGCUGUUCCGCCUCAACAGCACCAGUUACACAGCUGGGUGCAGCAGCGACUGUGGGAAUGGCAGCACCUCCACUGAGAGGUGCAUGACCAACAGCAGCAUGCGCAUGGAGCUCUGCAUCAUGGAGUGCUGUGACUCCCCAAACUGCCUACGCCUCAAUGCCACGGCCUAUGGUGAUCUGCCAUCCCCAACCACCCCUGCUGCCACAACCACCACCACUGUUGCUACCACCACUGCCACCACCACCACUGUUGCUCCCAGAAAUGGGAAAGUGUGUGGCCACUUCACCUGUCACGGAGAAGGGUGCUACAGAGGCCAGAAGUCCUCCAUGAGCUGCUCUGUGGGUUUUGAUUUCUGUGAGAUGAAGAAGACUGGACCCCACUUUGUGGCCGGCUGCAGCAAAGCAUGCAACAGGUCAGGGCCGGCCUGCGCUGCGGGAUCCAAGGCCCCCUGCUUCCAGGAGUGCUGCCCAGCCAGGCCCAAGGCCAGCUGCCUGAGGCUGGACGGCGGAGUCCACUUCAACGGGGCUGGCAGGGCGAGCAUUGUAUCCCUUGUCCCACUCCUGGCCUAUGCAGGCGCCAUCCUUAGCCUGACCUAUGCCCUCUUGUUCUCCGUGGGGCCCAACUGAGGAAGGGUGCAGGUCAGGGCCAGGCCUGGCUGGGGCUGGGCAAUGGAGGACGCCUUCUAGAGAGAGGCCAAGGGCCAGCUUUGCUCCUGCUGCCCUUCCUCGGCCCUUGGCCAGUGGGGAGGAGGGCAGGCCUUGGGGGCAGAUGCAUUGAGGGGGGCUGCCUUCCUUGACACCCCAAAACUGGAUGCCUCUCUCCCAGCAAAGGCUGCCCUUGCCUUUCCCUCCUCCGCCUGCAGCUUGUUUCUAUCUGCUUGCAAUGCCUGGUGUCAGGAACGUGUUUUGGGGCUGAGGAAAAGGGGCGAAUAAACCUCUUUA